CAUCAUCUUUAUCCUCAUGUUGCUCACUUUCAUCCAUUCCUCAAAUCUUUUCAUUUAGUCAGUCUCAUUUCAAAUUGUAUGUCUUCAGUAACCUUAAAUCUGUAUAAAGUGUAACAUGAUGGAAUCAACAUCUGAUAACAAAUCUUCCAAUGAAGUGAAUGUUCCAUUGACUAAUGAAAAUACUCCAGUUGAAUCAGAUUCAGGUUACCGUAAGCGUGAACAAUGGGCCAACAAGUUUGAAUUCAUCGCCUCAUGUAUGGCUUUCUCCAUUGGUUUGGGUAAUGUUUGGCGAUUCCCUUAUUUGUGCUUUAAAAAUGGUGGAGGUGCUUUUUUUAUACCUUAUUUGAUAUGUUUAAUCGCCGGUGGAGUACCGAUCUAUUUUAUGGAAGUGGCCAUCGGUCAAUAUUGGCAGGAAGGUGGAAUAACAGUUUGGCAAAAGAUUUGUCCCUUACUUAAAGGAAUUGGAUAUGGAACCUCAAUCAUCAGUUUCAUCUUGAAUAUCUAUUACAUUGUAAUAUUGGCUUGGGCCUUACUUUACCUGUAUUAUUCGUUCUCUCCAGUGCUUCCCUGGGCAACAUGUAACAAUCCAUGGAAUACUCCUAAUUGCUUCACAGGCAAUUCAGUCGACGCCGUUGUUCGAAAUGCGUCUGGAGUAACUAAAGAUGCUGCAGUUGAGUUCUGGGAAAGAGAGAUUCUUCAAAUCUCGGAUGGGAUCAACGCUGUGGAUGGGUUACAACCGAAACUGGUUAUUUCUUUGGCGGUCGCUUGGAUUCUGUGCUUCUUCUGUAUCUGGCGAGGAAUCAAAUCCACCGGCAAAUCAGCAUAUGUGACUGCGCUUUUCCCUUACGUUAUGUUGGUAAUCCUUUUCAUAAGAGGAAUAACACUGCCUGGUGCUGGUAAAGGAAUCACAUUUUAUAUGAAACCCGAAUUUGACAAAUUAAUGAAGGUUCAGGUUUGGAUCGAUGCUGGAACUCAAAUAUUUUUUUCAUAUGCAAUUGCUCUUGGAACCAUGACUGCUCUUGGAAGUUAUAAUGAUUUCCAUAAUAAUUUCUACCAUCAACUCUUCUUUGUUUGUUUCAUGAAUAGUGGAACAUCCAUUUUUGCUGGUUUUGCAAUAUUUUCAGUUCUCGGGUUCAUGGCUCACCAACAAGGCGUUAAUGUUGCCGAUGUUGCCGAUAAAGGACCUGGUCUAGCAUUCAUAGCUUAUCCUAAAGGAGUUUCAGUUAUGCCUGGAGCACCAAUUUGGGCAGUCCUUUUCUUUCUAAUGAUUAUACUUUUGGGGCUUGGAAGUCAGUUUGUAGCAGUUGAAGGUUUUGUGACUGCCAUUGUUGACUUGUAUCCACAAUUUUUACGGGUUGGACGUCGACGUGAAUAUUUCAUCUCAUUCAUUUGUUUUAUAUCAUUCAUACUUGGCCUUUCAAUGGUAACACGAGGAGGAAUGUAUGUCUUCCAACUUUUCGACUUUUAUGGUGCAUCGGGAAUGUGCUUGUUAUGGAUGUCAUUCUUCGAAUGCAUCACAAUUGCUUGGCUAUAUGGCGCUGAUCGUUUCAGGAAAAACAUCAAAGAAAUGGUUGGAAUGGAAAUUUCAAUUUGGUUCAUUUGGUGUUGGAAAUAUUUAACUCCUUUAUUAACUGCAGCCAUUUUCAUUGUUUCAAUUUUUCUCCUCGAACCUAUCAAAUAUAACAAUACUUAUGUAUACCCAAGUUGGGCCAUAGCAUUUGGCUGGUGUUUAUCUUUGAGCUCAAUGGUUGCUAUUCCAGUUUACAUAAUUUACGCUCUCAUUGUGACUCCAGGAGAUUCGCUCAAAAAGAAACUUGAGAUAUUAAUGAAAAGGUCGCCAUCGUCGUUCCUUGAAGAUAAGAUGAGAAUGGCAUUAUCCAGUGAACAUAAUGAUGCAAAGCAUAAAGUAGAUGACAUAACGAUUAGUCAAUUAUAGAUAAUUUAGAUUCUCUUUCUGUUAAUUAAAUUACAGAAGAGUGAAACCUAACUUGAUAGAAUUAAAUUUCUACAAUUAGUUACAGAAUAUGCAAAGAUAUUCCCAUUUUCAUUCCUGAUUAAUCCUAAAAAUAUUCUUAAUAAUUCAUUGAAUGCAAACCGAAUGACCAGUUUUUAAUAAAAUCAGAUU